AUGGCCUCCAAGGCACUCCCCUCCCGCGGUGGCCCCGACAGCAAGGCCAUCGCUACCGGUCCUCCCAACCAGACUCUCUUCUGCACCAAUCUACCCGACAAGCGGAUCUGUAAGAAUGAUCUACGAACCUCGCUCUACACGCUUUUCUCCACCUACGGCACCGUGCUCGAUGUCGUGGCCAUGAAGACCAGCAAAAUGAGGGGCCAGGCCCACAUCGUGUUCAGGGAUGUCCAGGCCAGCACACAAGCCCUGCGGGCCCUGCAAGGAUUUGAGUUCUUUGGGAAACAAAUGAAAAUUGUGUAUGCCAAGGGCCAAUCAAGUGUGAUUGCUAAGCUCCGUGGCACUUACAUCGCGCCCAAAGAUACCGCAGCGGCACCCGUCUCCUCGGAUCUACAAAAGUCCAUCUUCAGUGGUCCUCCCGGCACACUCCCGGCACGACCGCCCACCGAGGGCGGAGAGGGACAAGGAGUCAAGCGAGCGCGCGAGGAUGAAAGCGACGACGAAGAGGCCCCCAUGGACGAGGACAGUGACGUGCCAAUGGAAGCAUCGUCCGAUGAGGAUUAA